AUGAACGACUCAACUUACCGUGUGUCGUUUUCAGAAGAUUCAGACGAUUCCCAGGAUGACACGGUCGUCCCAUUCAUCACCCUCGUCAGAAACAGAAACGUCCUUCCCCCUUCAGAGUUUGUUGAUUCAAUCGCAAACGACAACUUGAAAAACUGCCACAACCUCGUGUUCCUCCUGUGGUUACUCAAUAGCCCAGUCCACCUCAACCACGAGUUUUUGAGGAGUGAUCGCCCAUUCCUGCUAUUCAGCAAUUGCUACAGUGCCUCUGGUUCUCACAACUACGAAGAAUAUUUGCAAAUAUGGCCUCGAUUCGCGAAAACAGGAGGAGAUUCGGCAGACAGCUUUGAGGUUUCGGUGUUUCCACAGGCGCUUCAGUUCACCAAACUUGACCAAUUCCGCAUGGACAAACUGACGCAUCAGUAUACGCAACAGUUCGGCCGCAUACUGAAUUCCUACAGCUUACAAAGCUCCCAGCAAAGCUCACAUUACCUAAGGGCGAACCUGCACGCUCUGCUCCAGUCCUACGUGUACGACACAUUAUUUGAUCUUUUCUUUAAGUGGAAAAGCUGGAGCCAAAUUACGGGCAGGGGUUUCGGACUUGUAUCCUUCUCAUCGCUGGUGGGGAAAUUUUGGGACUCCUACAUGUGCUUGCAAUUUGAUGACUCGCUCCAGAGCCUUGCGUCAACCCUUAAUUCUAAGUCCGAUUGCAAAAACUUCACACAGCAGCCUGAAACUGACUUCACUGGCUGCAAGAGUUGGCGUAUUAGGUACGCGGUGUGGGUCGAUACUGCAAACGGUAUAAUGCUACUGAUUAAUGGUGUUAAUGGGGGUAAUAUUGGGGUUGUGCCGGCCCAGGGACUCGACUUGACUCCUCGAAAUGUUGAGCAAAAUAUAUCCAAGUUGUUGCUAUUUGUUAACAUGUGCUUAAUCGAGUGCCUUUCAUGGGAGCUCAAUGGCAAGACAGAAACAGGGCUGUAUAUCAAGGGCGGAUGA